UUCCGGGUUCAACGGACAGUGGGCUAGAAGCCGGGGCGGACAAGCAUUCUAGAACUGGGGACGGGUAGGGCGGAGGGAGCCGAGCAGGCGGCCACCUCUGGUGCCCACCACUCUCUCCCCUCCCCUGACCCUGGUCCUCCAUGGCGGAAGACUGGCUGGAUUGCCCCGUGUUGGGCCCUGGCUGGAAGCGCCGGGAAUCUUUCCGAAAGUCUGGAGCCACUUGUGGUCGUUCGGAUACCUACUACCAGAGCCCUACUGGAGAGAGGAUCCGGAGUAAGGUCGAGCUCACUCGCUUCUUGGGGCCUGACUGUGAUCUCACUUGUUUCGAUUUUAAACGGGGUGUUCUCCAACAUUUGCCGACCAAGGCACCGUCCUCUCAAAAGAAGAAGAAACGAGUUUGGCCCAGGAAGGCAGUGCCUUCCAUCAAAGAGGAGCAGCCUCCGGAGCCCCAACUUGGCUCACCUGCCCCCCAGCACCCUCUGGCUAUAUGGUGUGAAAACUGUGGUGCCAACAUCUUGGGGGACAGCGCUGGGCGUCAGCGACUGCGGUCUCUAUGUAAAACCUGCCGAGCCCAGAGAAAUGCCUUCAACCGGGAACAAAGAACAUUCAAGCGAGUGGGCUGUGGUGACUGCGCAGCCUGCCAGAUGACUGAGGACUGUGGCAUCUGCACCGCCUGUGUUGUGCAGCUUCCCCAGCCUGGCACUCCCCGGCUCCCCCAAAGCCAGUGUGCCCAGCGCCGCUGCCUCAAGAUCAUUAAUAAGAGCUUCAGCUGUGGUCUCUGUUCUGGCUGUCAAACCAAGGAGGAUUGUGGGGCCUGCCGGAUUUGUGAGCGCAAAGGGAAACCGGGCCUCAAAAGGCACUGGAAAUGCCUUCAGCGGCGCUGUCUCAAGAAGCGGAUAAUGAAGAGACCUCGAGGGUUGGCUGCUCAGAAGAUCCCAGGCAGGUGGCCAGCUCAAGUCGUCGGCCCUUCCGGCACUGCCAAGGACAGGCCACCUUCAAAGCUACCCAGGAGCCAGGUUCGAUGUCUGAUGAGGCUCCCCACAGUGGUGACACGCAACAUUGGUUGUAAGACCAAAGAGCCAAAGUGGGGCCAGGGCUCCCCCGCACCUUCCAAACUGCGCUACUCCAGCCGCCGGCAGAGCCGCAGAUGUGGGGCCUGUGCAGCGUGCCAGCGCUGUGUGGACUGUGGCCAGUGCGACUUCUGCCAGGACAAGCCCAAAUUUGGGGGCUGUAACCAGAAGCGCCAGAAGUGCCGGUGGAGGCAGUGCCUGCAUUUUGCCAUGAAACGUCUGCUGCCUACAGCCAGGUGGGACAGCCCUGCUGUAGAGGGGGCAGCUCUGCCUCGGUACCGGUCACGCCGUAGGAAGGGGGCCUUGGUUAAGCAGGCCAAAUCUGGGGGCCUCCAGGGCCAGAGGCUGGUCACUGAGGCACUCAGCAGUGGGCUUGAGCAGAAGGGGCUCCCUGUACUGACGGAGGAGCUUGGUCCUGGUUUUAUGCUGCCCCCGGAGACUGACCUGGUCAUCCUGCAGGAGCAGGAGGGGGGUGAGGGCAUCCCUGUGCUCCGUGCCCCAGCCUGCAUCCUCCUCCAGGAGUAUGAGUGUCCAGGCCUUGGGGUGUUUAUCGCAUCCCCCUCAGUGAAGCAGGAGGUUGAGAGUUAUGGGGACCAAACUCCUGGAGCUGCCUCCCCACUCCCUGCAGGCUUCUCCUCUGGCCUGUGCAACAAGGGAGCUAAUAGGGGCCAGCUACAGAAUCCUGUGAAACAAGAGGAAAGCUUUGGAAAUGGGGAGGAGGAAGAGGAGGCAGCCAAGGCAACCACUCCUGUGAUCAUGGAGAUUUACAGUCUGAGCGGUGCCACCCCAACACCAGUGGGGCCCUAUGUAGGCCUGGACAGCGUCCUCCAAGAGUUUCUGGCGGAGCUGAAUGAGCUGCCACUGCCAGCCCACUGGGAGGUCCUGCCACCGAGGGGGCCUGACCUGUGCAUCAUCCAACGUUCCCCCUUGUCCACCAUGGCUGCUGCAGUCAUCCACAUCCAGCCAGGCCUCUAUUUCCAUGUGGUGGUGCAAGAUGUCCCUGUCCCACCCAGCCACGAGCUCUACUUGGCCCACCCAUUGCGACUCACCACUGUGGAUGAGGUGGUGGAACUCAUCUGCAACCUGGAGGCUUACCAUCUGUGCCCUGGCUGGCCUGGCCGCUGGGAGCAGGGCUCACGUUCUCCAGACUGUGACGUCCUAGUGUAUGAGGGGCGCUGCCAGGCCUGCUGCCUAGAGCCUUACCCCUCAGGGAGCAGCAGUAACUGAACACCUCCCUUUUCCCUGGGUCCCUGUGCACUGAGCUGGCCAGUGGGGUCCCUUUCCCCCAGUUUUCCCUACUACACUGUGUACAAGUCAGUCGACACUGGAAAGGCUGAGGGCAGGAUGGAUGUCCUCUCCCCCUGCCUCCACACAAAAGCCAGCAUUUACCCACCUCCCACCAUGGACUACUCCCACUUUUCUGGCCUGCCCUGGCCCUCCAUGUAGUUUUCAAGAGAACUGUCACAAUCCAUGUCUCCAUCAUACCCCUGUCCCCCAAGGCACACACACACUCACCCUGACCUCAAGGACACGGGCUGGGCCCAUGUAGAGGAGAGGAGGGGCAUGGGAGCCACUAGGGAGGGGCAUCUGCAGGGCCAAAAGGCUAGCCUUCCUGUGCUGUGCCCCCUACACUCCCUUCCCCCCAGAAAAGCAAAAGAAAAUCUAUUGUUUUUAUGUGCUCUAGUGGCCUGCUUAGCUGGCCAGCCAGGCCCUGGUCUUUCUUUGCCUUUACCUUUAUUUUUCUAAAUAAACUAUGGUGACAGUGCUCUGA